AUGAAGGAGAUUAUGCAGCAAAUGUUGCUUCAUCAACAGCAACUUUCAUUGCAAUGUUCUCAAUCAAUUCAACAGCAGCAAAGGACUGAUGUUGCCAUACAGAAUAUUGAAAGACAAUUAGGUCAAAUGGUGUCUAACCAAGGACAAGCGCAUUCACAAACUUCAAGUCAAUUACCUUCGCAAACUAUACCAAAUCCAAGAGGAAAUGUGAGUGUUAUCACUCUAUGGAAUGGUAAAACUAUUUAUGAACACAAACAAGAAAACUCGUCUGAUUGUAUAAGUAAUGUAGAUCUGGAUUCGCAAAUUAAAUUUGGAUCUAUUCCAGUAGUGCAAAUUCCUGUGACAGAACAGAAGCAAGCAGAGAUUCAUCUACCAUUUCCUCAGAGAAUAGUGAAACCUGGUAGAGAUAAGGCUGUUGAAAAGUCUAAGGAAUUUCAGGAACUAAUGGAAAUUUUCAGUAGAGUGGAAGUGAAUAUUCCUUUGUUAAAGAUAAUCAAACAUAUCCCUAAGUAUGCAAAAUUUUUGAAGGACUUAUGUGUUCACAAGAAGAAGCUCAAGGGUUAUGAGUUGGUGAAUAUAGGAGAGAGCGUUUCUGCACUAUUUCAGUCUAUGCCACAAAAAUGCAAGGAUCCAAGAGUUUUCACCAUUCCAUGUAUGAUAGGGGAGAGUAGUUUUGAAGAUGCUAUGCUAGAUCUUGGAGCAUCCAUUAAUGUUAUGCCGAAAUCAGUGUUCCAAGCUCUUGGAAUUGGACCUCUUCAGUCAACAGGGGUUGUGAUUCAAUUGGCGAACAAAAGUUUUGCUCAUCCAGUAGGAGUGAUUGAAGAUGUGCUGGUAAAGGUUAAGGAACUAAUUUUCCCUGCAUAUUUUUAUAUUUUGGAUAUGGAGGGUGAUACAAAGUCGAGCCAUGUACCCAUAAUUCUUGGAAGGCCAUUUCUGAAAACAGCAAAGACUAAGAUUGAUGUUUAUGCUGGGACUUUAUCAAUGGAGUUUGGGGAUACUGUUGUUCGGUAUAACAUUCUGGAGGCUAUGAGAUAUCUAGUAGAGGAUCAUUCUUUGUUGAAUGUUGAAUUAUUUGAUGAGCUAGAGGAUAGUUUGGAUAAUGUCCAUUUCGAGCAGGAAGAUUCUGUUCCAGUAACCAAAGAGUGUGAAGGAGUUUGCAUGAUGGAGUCGGAACAUGAAAAAGAUCUUCCAUCUACUGUGCAUCCACCGAAACUGGAGUUAAAGGUUCUUCCGAACCAUUUAAAGUAUGCUUACUUGAGGAAAGACGAGCAACUACCAGUAAUCAUUUCCAAGGAUCUUGAGCCCAGACAAGAAGAGAGAUUGUUAGAUGUUUUAAGGCAUAAUCAAAAAGCAAUUGGUUGGACUUUGGCAGAUUUGACUGGAAUUAGUUCUGCUAUUUGCACACAUAGGAUUUUAUUGGAGGAAGAUUGUAAACCUGUACGGCAACUACAAAGAAGACUAAAUCCACUUAUUCUUGAUGUAGUUAAGAAAGAGGUUGUGAAGUUACUACAAGCUGGGAUUAUCUAUCCUAUUUCAAAUAGUAAAUGGCAUUUAAAGAUCAGGAGAAGACUACCUUUACCUGUCCCUUUGGAACUUUUGCUUAUAGGAGAAUGUCAUUUGGGUUAUGUAAUGCUCCAGACAGUCUAUCUUGUGUUCUGCAUAGAUGUGCGGAAAAAAAAUUUGGUGUUAAACUUUAAAAAAUGCCACUUCAUGGUCAGGCAUGGCAUAGUAUUGGGUCAUAUUGUUUCUGAAAAGGGUAUUGAAGUGGAUCCAGCUAAGAUUAAUGCUAUAAUUGCUUUAUCUUUUCCCACAUGUGUGCGGGAAGUUCGAUCUUUCCUGGGACAUGCAGGUUUUUAUAGAAGAUUCAUUAGAGACUUUAGUGUUAUUGCUUUACCUUUAUCGCUACUGUUGCAAAAAGAUGUGGAGUUUGUUUUUGAUGAAAAAUGCAAGGAAGCUUUUAAUAAACUCAGGGAAACUCUUAUUUCAUCUCCUAUUAUGUGUUCUCCUGAUUGGUUAUUACCUUUUGAACUUAUGUGGGAUGCUUCUAAUUUUGCAGUUGGAGCGGUUUUGGCUCAAAGGGUUGAGGGGGCACCACAUGUUAUUAGUUAUGCAUCAAAAACAUUGGAUUCUGCUCAGAGCAACUACACAACGACUAAAAAAGAGCUUCUAGCAAUUGUUUUUGCUUUGGAUAAGUUUCGGUCUUAUCUUCUUUAUUCUCACAUUAUUGUUUUUUGGGAUCAUGCAACUCUUAAGUUUCUUCUUAAGAAGGCAGAUACAAAGCCUCGAUUGAUUAGAUGGAUGCUCUUACUUCAAGAAUUGUGA